UGAUGAUAGGAGGAGCUGCCGCUCCCCAUACCACAGCUCCAAGAACAUGAUCUCUCGGAGGUCCGCGCGGAUGUCCUGGAUCGGCGCUCGAGCUUCCUGGCGGCGCCUCCGGCGCUGCCCGUGGCGCGCUCCCCGCGCCAGGAAAUGAGGCCCAGCGCUUUUCCGAGAAGUCCGUGCGGACCUCCGACAAUUUAUGUGUGUAUGCCGUCAUUUGUUCCUCGACUGGCCCCACGGCUGCAGCUGGGGCGCGGCCCGCGGGCGCAGCUGGCCCCGGAGCGGACGUUGGUGGCGGGGCUCUUCGCACACGGCGAGGUGGGCCUGGACGCGGUGGCCAGCCGCGCGCCGCCCGAGGCGGCGGCGGGGGCGCUGCUGCGCGAGCUCGCCACGUACAAGCGGCUUCGCUGGCUGGACGCUGGCGCGGGCGGCGCGGCCGCCGCCGACGGCGCCGAGCUGAAGGCUCCGCGCCCGCGCGCGCCCGGCUGGGUGGCGCGCCCGGCGCGGCGCGGGGUGCUCGCGCGGCACCCGCUUGUGGCAGAGCUGCUUGCCGAUGGUGCCGGCGGCGGCGCAGGGCGGUGCCUGCAGCACUCCAACUUCGGCCACUUGGAGCUGGCGAUCACCACCGUCGUAAUCUUUUCCCAUCCCCACUGGGCCAUGACAUCUCGGCCCCACCAGCCCAUCCUCCUACUCAGGUGGGGCUGACACCGACUGACCUAUCCCCAUCCUCACCAGUCCACCAGCCCACCGGCCCCGCGAAACCCGCAGGAACAGGCAUUUUCACCGCAGGAGGUCUUUCAUGCUGCACGGGGACCCCCACAAAGCACUAGCUUGUCAAUCAGGUGUGGUGGUCGGCAGCUGAAUUGAUUGUCCAGUAUUGUUCGCCGUGCUGGCCUGUGUUGGGCGGUUAUGUUUCUGGCAGAUAUUACACCCUGUGCUACCCUGUAAGAUGACGAAGCUCCGUGCCUGUUCUUACAAGGUUUUUCGUACGAG